AUGAUCUUCUCAUUGACAAAACUCAUGACUUCAAUCGCAGUUUUGCAAUGUGUCGAACGUGGCUUGAUCCAGCUAGACGAUGACGUCGCUCAGAUAUUGCCUGAUUUGGCAGCAUUGGAGAAUCUGGAGGGCCACAAUUCCGACACAAGAGAAUGGAUCUUAAGAAAGAGGAAGAAUGCGAUUAAUCUUAUUAUACAGCCAUCUUCUUACUCACUCAUCCGGCCUCAUUUACGAGGGGAUGAGUCCCCUGCAUCGACAAUAUAA